CAGCCAUUGGCACUUUUUGCUUGCUUGCCUGCGUGGAAACUCAGCUUUCCCAUGAUUCCAUUGUGCCAGACCGGCGCUGGAUGCACCGGAUACCAAUCACGCGGAUAGUGAAUGAGGCCAACAAAACGAAGCUACCUGCAUUCCAUAGCCGGUCCACAUUGACGGCGUUGCUUUGCCUUUAUACUCCCACCCGUGCGUCCACCAUUGUCCAGAGAGCCAGAGCACAUUCUUAUCCCACAUCAUCCAUCAACUCGGAGCGCAGAUUUUUGGGAACUCGAAGCAGAGCCAGACACAGCACAGCCCAGGAGAAGCGAGCGCAGACGAUGGCGGCGGUGUGGUGGUGGUGGGCGCCGCUGCCGGCGUGGCUGACCUCCAGUGCGUUAUGGUUCCUCGUCGUCAACGCGGUCGUCGCCGCGGUCGCCGUCCUUUCCUCCAGGCCGCUGCCGCUGCAAUCGCCCCGCUGCGGUGCCGGGGUCUCGCUCACGCGGAGGGCCUCGUCCGCGGUGCUGCAGCGCCUCCGCUCCUUCUCCAUCUUCUCCUUCCCCUCCGCCUGCCUCAACUACACCACGCCAUCGACGUUCACGCAGCCUGACGCCGCCACCGCCGCCGCCCAAGAAACAGAGGAGACGUCCAGGACACCGACGACGGCCAAGCCGUCGCCGCGCGCGCUCCCGCUCCCGCUCCCGCCAUCCCCGCUGUCGCCGUCAGUGCGCGCGCCGGCGGCAGACGACGACGUGCCCAGCGGGAUGAGCAUGGACGAGGCCUACGCGCUGGCGCUGGAGGCGCGCCGGCGGCCGGACCGGGAGAGGGAGGAGGAGGCCAGGAGGUCCGAGGUGGACGCCAGGGCCGAGGAGUUCAUCCGCGGCUUCAAGGAGGACCUGCGCCAGCAGCGCCUCAACUCCAUCCUCAACUACACCAAGAUGCUCAAGCAGCGCGCGUUUGGCGGCGGCGCCGGCGCCGGCGCCCGCCGGCAGCCGGAUGCCCGGCCAGAUCAGCUUUGAGUCACGUGAUCAAUUCGUUCGUUUAAGAUAUUUGGUCAGCGUUUUUCAGGGAGACCAAAUCAGUUUUGAGUUCUGUACAUAGGAUGCUGCUUUCAACAGAUUGUUUGUAUAGUUUAAACACAUUGUUUGCAUGUUUUUUUCCCUUCUUAUUUCGCAUUUCCACACAUGCUAAUAUUUUAUUGUAGUCACUUCUCGUUUGUUCUUUGAAAGAGGUGAGAAAUAAUAUAUGUGCCGAUCCAUUAUUUUAGUC